ACAAACUGAUAUUUAUAAAAAAAUCCGGAUUCUAUUCACCGUCUUUCUUCUCCCAAAUAAGCAACAAUGGCGUCUGCUCUUUACCACCAAAAUAAUCCCUUAUUUACACGGUCUCUUCACCAUAACAAUUAUAAUUACAAUUAUUUUUGUUACUCUACUAUUCUUCCAUUAAAGAGUAAUAAUACUAAUUGCUCUGCUCGACUGCGUACUACACUAAUCAAAUCUUCUAGGGACAAAAAUCGUACUGUUCUAUCCGAAACUUCAGUCGAUAAUUCCAAUUCCAAUUGCAAGUCCGAUUCGGGAGAAAGUCGGGUCAAGAGUCCGGAUCCUGACCCAGGACCCGAUACAGACAUUCAGUCAUCAUUGUUGGAUUCGGUUACUUCCCUUCUGAAAUUUGAUGGAAUUGGAUGGGAGAUUAUGUCCAUUGCGUUGCCAGCGGCGUUAGCUCUUGCUGCUGAUCCCAUUACUUCACUUGUUGAUACUGCAUUUGUUGGACAUUUAGGAUCGGUUGAAUUGGCAGCAGUAGGUAUUUCGGUAUCAAUUUUCAAUCUCAUCUCGAAAUUAUUCAAUGUUCCUUUGCUCAAUGUCACAACUUCUUUUGUUGCUGAAGAGCAGUCAUUAAUUGCUAAAGGUCGCCCACCUGGUUCACAAAGCAAAAUACUACUUCCUUCAGUAUCAACUUCUUUACUACUUGCUCUUGGCCUUGGCAUUGCAGAAACUGUUGGACUUUCUUUUGGAUCCGGUUUCCUGAUGAAUACCAUGGGUAUAUCUGUUGAUUCACCAAUGCGUGUACCAGCUGAGCAAUUCCUCACAAUGCGGGCCUUUGGAGCUCCACCAAUCGUAAUAGCACUUGCUGCUCAAGGAACUUUUCGUGGAUUUAAGGACACAAAAACUCCUUUAUAUGCUGUGGGAGCCGGUAACUUGCUAAAUGCAUUAUUGUCUCCAAUUUUGAUAUUUCCCUUUGGUUUUGGUAUUAGUGGGGCAGCAACUGCUGCUGUGAUAUCUGAAUACUUGACUGCUUUUAUCCUUAUGUGGAAGUUAAAUGAAAAAGUGCUUCUUAUUGCUCCAGACAUUGACGUGGGAAGAUUUGCUCAGUAUCUUAAAUCUGGUUCCCUUCUAAUAGGGAGGACUUUAGCACUUCUAAUUACCACUACGCUAUCAACAGCAAUGGCAGCACGAGAGGGCCCCAUUCCUAUGGCUGGUCAUCAGAUCUGUGUUCAAGUUUGGCUAGCUGUAUCUUUGCUAACUGAUGCCUUGGCACUUGCUGGGCAGGCUCUCCUUGCCAGUGGAGUUUCUCAAGGUAAUUAUGGCCAAGCACGAGAAGUGGUUUAUAAAGUUCUACAGAUUGGUGCAUUGACAGGAGUCACCUUAGGUUUUAGCUUGUUCGUUGGUUUUGAAGCGCUCUCCGGCUUAUUCAGCUCAGAUUCUGAAGUCCUGGAAAUUGCCAGAUAUGGUACUCUGUUUGUUGCUGGAUCUCAGCCAAUAAAUGCCAUUGCCUUCGUUCUUGAUGGGCUCUAUUAUGGUGUUUCAGACUUUGAAUUUGCUGCAUAUUCUAUGUUUCUGAUUGGACUAGUCUCCUCAAUCUUCUUACUUAUGGCUGCGCCUUCAUUUGGUCUUCCUGGAGUCUGGGCAGGACUUUUUCUCUUCAUGACUUUGCGUGUUAUAGCUGGAUUUUUGAGAGUCACUGACCAACUAUGGAAGAUAUUCAUCAACCUGAGGGGGAUUCGAUGGGUCAUGCCUGGAAGAAUUCGGGAAGUUCUAGCUAGCUGGAAAAGAGAUGGUGAACAAUCCAGUCAGAAAGAGAGAUGGAAGAUUGUCCCUGCUUGUAUAUGGUGGACAAUUUGGAAGGAAAGGAAUCAAAGAUGUUUUGAAGACAGCCAUAGUCCUAUACAAAAGCUGAAGAUGAGCUGUCUAGUGCUCUAUUUUUUUUGGUGUAAACAGGAGUAUUUAGAAGAAUGUGAAAGUAUUUUUGAAGUUUUAGACUUUUUAUGAGAUUCAACAGAGAACUAGACUAGAAUAGAACAAGAAUCUCUUCUGUACUCCCUCUUGUAAUUAUGGAUGGAUACACUGGUUUAGUGUAUGCCACCUUUUAUAUUAAUACAAACAUGUUACCUUUUCAAAAAAAAAAAAAUUCAUUGUUUGAAAGUUGUAGGUUGAAUCAAAGCCUUAGAUUUCUGUAUAUUUCUAGGAAAAAAGCAAUGGCUUUUGCUUGGUUUAUUUGAUUUUUGUCCUUGAGUGUUUGAGUCAUAAUAUGCCACUUGCAGCAAGGUGAACAAAAUCUAUUUUUGGUAAUGCAGGUUAUGAAUCUCUCCAAUGAUCAUUAUUAAUCUCUUUAGUACAAUUAGCUUUAAGAACUCUCAUAUGGCCUAGUUACUGGCCAAGUGGUUAUGCCUCUAAGUCACCAUUAAAUGGAGAAUGGUCUAAAUCGCUAUGUUCAUGUCAUAGCCUUUUCUUUUCUAUAGUGUUACCUUUCAGCAAGAAAUUUUUGACA